CGUCCUUGCAACGGCUGAGAUUAGUCGUUGCACAUCCAACGGCUGAGAUUAAAAAAAAAAAAAAAAUUCAAAAUUUCACUCAAAUCCCGCCCGUUGCUAGUUAUAUCACUCAGUCUUGCACGAGUUCAGAUCUCCUCCAUCGAACCCACCCUCACCGGCGAGUAGUCCCCUAGACGGCACCGGUGACGACCAGUCCCCCAGACGGCACCGGCGAUCCACUCCAGCUGUAAUAUUUGCUGCUUCGUGAACCAUAGCUCCACCGUGACCACCAUCGGCUGUGACAAAAAUUUGUUCAUGAGGAACCAGAUUUAAAAAAUGGCUUCUUCUUCUAACAUUAGCAACAUAAGAUUACUAUCGAGGCUGUGCAAUUGUGGAAGAACCGCUGCCAUACGUAUUGUAAAAACUAAUGAAAAUGGAAAUGAAAGGCGUUUGUUCUUUGUUUGCCCAUCAAGAUAUAGUAACACUCCCACUCCCCAUUGCAAUUACUUCAAGUUCGUGGAUGAAGAUGAUGAAAACGUUAUGUCCAGAAUCCGUUCGAACUGUACAGCUUGUGAUGGUAUAACAGUAGAAGACUUUAACGAUGUAAGGACGAGGCUUGAUUACAUGGAAACGGACUAUGGUCGAAGGCUUCAAAGGAUGGAAAGGAAUAUCAAAGCGAUGGUGUACUUCAUUGCAUUUUCUACCAUUUUCUACUUUAUGAUGUAACUUGAAGUACUUUAUUGUAUUUUGGGAAACUGAAUGGAAGUUUGUAGCAUUUUGGGUUGUAUGUACAUCAACUUGUUAUCUAUUAUCUAUUAUGGAAUGAACUAU